UUCGAUUGCUGCGGCGCAGUGAGUCGAGAAGAUACUGUUUGUAUUAAAACAGAACUGUUGUUCUAAUUUUAGCAAAAUGCAAACCACAGUGAGGACGCUUACAGCAACUUGCCGACUAAGCCUAGUACUAUAUAGAGUGCCAAGUAUAACUUGCAGCGUGUUAACGGUGCCUUGUCAGAGCCAGAGGCAUCAGAACAGGUCCUACUCUUCUGCUCUGCCUUCCCCGGCAAUAGAAGGGGAAGAGCGAGAAUACGCACCACACAUAAACAAGAUUGUGCAAGACAUUUCCAAGCUAACAUUGCUAGAAGUCGCAGAUCUCAACGAAUGUUUGAAGAAAACGCUGAACAUUAAAGAUGCUGCAGUGAUGGCGAUGGGAGCGGUGGCUGCAGCACCAGCAAAGGAGGAAGAAGAUGAUAUGCCUGAGAAAACAAAGGAAAAGACGUCGUUUACCGUGAAACUGACCAAAUUCGACGACGCGAAAAAAGUAGCGCUAAUAAAGCAAUUGAAAACGGUGAUGGAAGGCAUGAACCUUGUGCAGGCAAAGAAGUUUGUGGAGUCUGCGCCGCAGGUCGUGCGAGCGGACAUCGGCAAGGACGAGGCGGAGAAGCUAGCUGAGCAGCUGAAGGCAGUCGGCGGCUCCAUCGAGAUAGAGUAACGACCCGCUGUUGUGCGAGGGGGGGCCGAACGCUGAGGGGAGACCCGACGCGCGCCGUCGUCGAAUGAGAACGUGACGCGUGCG